AUGGAGAAUUUUCUCUCUCUGAUGAAUAGCAUUAGUGACUCAUGGAUGAGUCCCAGCUCCAUGGACAUAGCAAUGGACAUGACCAUUGCCUUUAUGUGUGGAGCUGGGCUCUUUUUCCUACUACUGCCCUUCCUGAAGGACUGCCCAGUGUCACCACCACCUGAAAGAGAAAGGGACAUCCCAAAGGAUGUAAAGAGGUUACAGAGCAAGACCAAGAAGAAAACUGAUACAGCAAAAGGUGACAGACGUUGCAGAAAAUAUGUGGAAGAGACCCAGACUCCAUCACAGCCUAUGAAAAUGUAAGAAAUCUUUAAGGAGUUAAGUCAAAUUUUCUGGGGCACAUUCUCUAUGUUCUCUGAGUCAGUUGUGGCUACUGCCCAUGUCCUCAGAACCCCUUCCUUGGCAAAACAUAAAACUGUGAAGCUUCUUGAUGCCUGUGGCCCUGAACAAGGACAACCACAGCAUUCCCAGGACCUGCCAUUGCCUCUGGAACUUGUGACACCAAGCUUGCUGUGUGCAACAGGAGUCCAAGAACUGGAAAACCUACCAAGCUCUACACCAAACCAAACGCCCUCUUGUUUCAAGAGUAGGGCCUGUAGAAUAGCAUGCCCUACCACUGAGAGAGGGACACAGACAUCACUACAAACUGCAAACCAACCCUGGCAACAUGGACUGAAUUGGAAAACCUCCAAUUGUUGUGAUAUCCAAAAACAUCAAGCAGCCAUUAGCAAGCCCACUGGCAACUUGUCCAGAGGCAAUCUGCACAAUAAACCUGUUAGGCUAGUGUCCAUCCUUCCUGAGCAUUGCCAGAUGGUCCAUAACAAUGAGGAGCCACAGAGUGAAGACAAUACAACUAAUGUGGAAGAACACCAAGGAACCCCUGGCAGGUUCCUCCCAUCCAGGAAACUGACCCAGCUUCAGGGACAUUUCCCAGCAAACAGUGAUCACUAUUGCAAGAGCAGGCCUCAACACUCCGAGCCUGCCCAGCCCUCCAUUCUCAACUCCAAAAGCUGCAACUGUAGCAAAAUGAUGGAGUCUGUGCCUUCCGGGUUACCCUCAAAGAAGGACAUAGCAACCUGUGAUAGAUAUAACAGUACCAAGAAGGGCCUUGGUCUAAAGGGCCGAAACCUGCCUUAUCCUUCAUGCCAUAGCCCUGGGAAGGGGAUGAAGCCCAUGAACUCUGCACUGAGGACAGACAAACUGUUCCACAUGAACCCUGAUGAGCAUGAUUCCUGCCUUGACUCAAACACUGACAGGAAGCUGAAAUCAAACAUCAGAGAGCUUCCUGUAAAACGAAGAAGGAGGCCAUAUCUGCAGAUCCUUGAGGCAAUAGAUCUCACCCCACCUGGAGUUCCAGCCUCAGACCUCCCCCAGAUUGUGUAUCCCUCCUCACCAAUCUGUGAUUCCAAGGCCGAAUACUAUUCCAAGGCUGCCAUGGUCCUGGAAAAUUUGCAUCACCAAGAUCCAGGAGGGACAAGGGUAGAAAGUAUAUCAGAUGCGGGACUAGAGAGUGCUGUGUCUAUACACUCACUUUCAGAGGUUCAGGAGAGCCAAAGAACACCUCCACCUGCUGCCAGCCGUAGGGCUUCAGAGGCUCAUCCAGGUCCAUGGCAGAGAUUCUUCAGUGUUCAGCAACCUGCUUUGUGUUCCCAGUUAAAACCCCCGCAGAGCAGGACCAUGUAUGAAACUGGGACAGACAGCCUGCAAACAAGUUCCAGCCCCAAAAUGACCAAGCAUGCAUCACAGAAGAGGUUUACAGAUGUGGACUCAGAACAAUCCUGCUGGCGUGUGAUAGUGAUUGACCCUGAAGAAAGGGUCCCACCUUCACCAGCUAAACAAAGUGAUAUAGUGGAGGUGAAAGAAGAGCCACCUCAUGCAUGGAGAGUGAGUCUGGGAUCCAGUGACAUUCACAAUGACCAAGUCAUCAGUAUGGAUCCCAGGAACUUUGGAUCUUUAGAGGCCAACAAAAUCCCAGGCCAUCUCCAAACAUGUACCCCACAGCACUCACAGGACUCAGGACUAAAACCACAAGCAUACAGUAAGGUAGACCUGAUAUCAAAGGAGCAGCCAGAAGCCUGGCUUGUGAAACAUGAUCCAGAUGGACCCAGUACUGUACAUCCUGCCAAGGUCAGCUUGCCUUCUCAGCACUCAUGGCCCAGCUCCCAGAAUACACACCAAAACCCCCAAACUUCUCAGGGUUUAAAUGAUGUCUCCAUGAGGAGCUAUGAGGGGCUGGAAACUAAAGAUAUCAGUAUGCCAAAGGAUAAAAUCAAAGUGAAGGACCUCAAGGAGCUCCAUCCCCAUGAAGAGAGGCACCAUGAAGAGAGGCAGAGUAUUAGACAAUCUAGUGGCAUAAGCUGGGGAGAAAAUCUUGGGACAGAAAUGUCUUCCAUCCCAAGCUCCACCCACCUUAAAGAUACAGCCAAGACUUGGAUACCAGAAAAUGCAGAAGCUACUUCUGAAAGGUCGUGGAAUGCUUUACAAUAUGAAGACUUCAGCACUAAAUACCUUGGGCAGGGGGAUUCAUUACAAAAUGAUUGUCCCCCAUCAACCGCUGAGCAAAUACAAAAGAUUGUAACAAGAAACAAGUUCAUCUAUAAUAUAGUAGCUGAAAUACAAUCCCUUGUAAAUAUUCUGGUCCAGAGCCUGGAAAACCCUGAGGGGGAGCCAUCAAAGGUACAAGAGUGUGAAGUGGAAUCACUGAUGUCCCAGCUGGGUGACUCAUCCCUCUCUUCGGAGGGUCUGUAUGACACUAACCAUAGCAGAGCAACAAGCAAACUGAGCUGUGGCCAUGUCAGCCCUGAGAUGCAUAACUGUCCCUUCGCAUACAGAAGAAUUGGAGAUGAACCGCAGUCAGGAAUUGAAAACCAGGGAGCAUAUGAUCUACAUCUGAACCAAGGAAAGAGGGAGAUGGGCUUUGACCAGCUCCCCAUGCCCAAGGGUUAUGACCUUACAUGUAGGUACAGGGGACGUGGAAACAAACAGGAGCCAGGUCUUGCUGACCAGAGAGCCUGCGACCUACGUAGAACAAAGAUUAGAAUGGGUCACUGUGCACAUGGAAGCCCUGGAGGACACAAGCACUCAAUCAGAUACAAAGAAAUUGGAGACAAACAUCCAGGCGUGGACCAUAAAGCCUUUGACCCUCAUCGAAAUAGAAAGAAAAGCAUAGGAUGUGGCCUAUUUCUGAGUCCCAGAGAGAACCAUCCAAAUAGGUUAAGGAGCAGGUAGCUCAGGCCAUCCUUGCCUUCCCAUACCAGGAUCUUCUAG